CCCACUCCUCCCUCCCCGGCCCCUACCCCUGCCCAUGCUCAUGCUGGCCAACCUCGUCUUGGCAAACCAACCAGUUGUGAACCACACAAACUCGCAUCAGUACAUCGAACUGUUCUUUUCGUUUAUCUUUAUCAUUUUCUUUUUUGAGCAAAUCUCACCGACUGUUGCUUUCCCCUCCUCCCCUCUCUCCUCCAUGUGUCCAUGGCGCCUUUGCUUCGCGUUUCCAGGCUCGCCAUGUUUCCGAGUAUGCUUGUUCGCCAUCGCACCAGCUCCUUCGUCUGGCGCGAGCGCAAGGUAUCCGACCCCACUCAUCCCACACCCUCAUCUGGUUGUGUCUGUUGCCUACUCUCAUUCUCGGCUCAGUCUUGCCAUCUUCUCCAUCUUACCCUCGGGCCAAACACCGAUGGGUGGGCAUAUUUGUACUUGACCCACCUGCUCGCCCACCUAAUGAUGAACUUGAAUCCCACUCCGACCCAUCCCCUCACCCACCUCCCUCCACUAGUAACUCCACAUCGACCUAUUCAGUCCCUUUCCCCCCUGAACGAAAUGCCGCUUUCCAUCUCAACCCCCUUCGACAUUGCCCCGCAAUCUCAUAUGUGUGUUGCAGUUUCUCCUGCCCAGCUUGCUCCUGCCCAGCUUGCUCCUGCCCAGCUUUGCAAUAAUCCCUCUCACAAAAUUAAGCCUUUUCUUUGGAGUUUGUUUCAUUUCGCUUCACUUUGCCUCAAUUCACUUUGCUUCAUUCAUUUCAUUUGAUUGUUUCUUCCCUUCCCGCUUCGCUGUAAUCCACGUACGUAUCCAUUUUGUUGCUGCUCUCCUCUCGGCUCUCGCUGUUUGUUUCAUGCCCAUCGACUGAGGUAUCCAACACAGUUGAACCUUUUCGCAACCGAAACGGCAUCGGGCCACCAUUGUGUCAGCAUGUGCGGGGCGGGAUAGGAGGUUGCUCUCGCCCUGUGGGCUUCGUCGCUGCGACGCUAUUGGUAUUCGAUCCUCCUGGGGAGAGUGAUGUGUGCUCUGUCGGUGGCCGUUUGUGCACCCAGGCCGCCCACAUCC